AUGGCUGUAGUGCGGCCUAGCGUUCACUCGCACUGGGUGAGAUUUCGGCAAAGCAGAUGCUGCUCAGUUCCGCCGCUCCCUGGGCGUGGCAGGUAUUUGGGAGCUCUAGCCAAAGAGCACGAAGGUGAGGAAGGCUUACAGACGCGACAGGCAGCACCAGUGCUGGACCUCACGACGAAGAGCGUCGUGCGAAUCAGCAGAAGCAUGACUGUUGGCCAGCUGGCAGGAGCUUUGCUGCAAACAGAACCAUUCAUGAGAUCGAGCAAGGGCCGGCUAAUUCUGGAGGCCGAAAACACAGCUUCCUUGAGUCUGGCCGUGAAUGCUCUGGCAUUGUGCAACAGGCGGCAGUCGAAAGCUGCAGCGAAACAGCGCGUCGCCUUCGUGCCCGUGGUUCGGGUGUUCCGAUACGCGGAGCCCGGCAAGGAAACCGUGCACCUGCGCCGCGCCAUGCAGCUCCUGAUGCAUCCUUGGGAUGCAGCCGUGCUGCAGACAGAAACGGCGCACGCAGCUGCCUCGGACAUUGUGAGCGUAAGAGGAGACACAGACUUGAGACGUCUGAGCGGCUUAGUGGAGUCGCGCUUUCUUCAAUCAUCUGUUGGAAUCGGGGAAGUUGUGGUGGUCCGGUGCAUGGGAAACCAAGCCAUCGACAAGAUGGUGCUUCCGCUCGACUACUUAAGACUUCAGUCUGUGCACUUUCCGAGUGCACAUUUCAACUAA